AUGCUCGCCAGUAAACCCCAAGAGCCUCGUGAGCCAUUGUCGCCCGCGAUACCCGUCGUGCUCUGCGGCAAGACGGAGCAGGUCGGUAGCAAAGUCAUCGCCGGUCUGAGGCCGGAAUACGACGUCAUCCACUUCGUCACGUCGCCUACCUCGGGCGCCGCGAUCCUCCCCGCCCUCCUCGCCUCCCGGCCUUUACCCCCCCAUCCUGAAACCAGCAGGAUUGGAAGCGGAAACUACACCGCCGCCCCCCGCGCCGUGAUCCUCGGCGGCGCCUUUCACGACGCCGCGACGGCGGCUCUUCAGGGGGCGGUCGCCGACGCGCGGGCGUCCGCGGACGUGCGUACGGUCCCCUGGCUGAGGCAGGACUCAAGCAAGCCGGCGCCGCCGCGGGGAGGGCCUGAGUACGGCGCGGCCAUGGUCGUGAGGGUGAGAGAGGCACUGGCGAGGCUGGAGGGGGAGGGGAAGCUGGAUGGGAGCUACGGAGGCGACGAGUGGUACUGA